AUGAAUAAUCAAUCACAAACAGAAGACAUGACAAAUGGUGGAUCCACAAACAUCUCGAACAACAAUUCAAGAUUGAGGAAGGAUUUAUCCAACAGUGCUGCCACCAAUUCCAGAAUUUUGCAACAUGAAAAAAACCAAAUUCCCUUGCCAUCCAUUGUCAAACAAAGGCAAGCAAGCAAUGCAAUGGCAGAAAAUGACAGUGACAAUACUCGAGGUGCCACACAAGUAUCAAACUAUUAUAAUUCAGCAGAGCUCACACCAGGAGCAUGGUCUGCUGACCAAGAUGGAUUCAUGACGCAACAAGCACCAGCACCCCUAAGAUAUUGUUCUUUUGUUCGACGAAGCACUGAACUUGCCAAAACUGAAGAUCUGAAUGAUAGUAACCAGGCUGCCGACAGAAGAAUGAGCUCGACCAGCCAAGGCAGAAGAAGGAGCUCGAUCAGUCACGACAAAGUGCUAUCAGAAAAAAAUAAGAGGCGUUCCACAUUCCUCCCCGCGGCCAAUGCAAUUGCAGAGAACCAAGUUACUUCCUUCUAUGCCUCACUACCAAAGGCAGAAGAACUUGAUCCAGUAAUGGGAGACAGAAACCAGGAAGAACACAAACAGCAAAGGCGCAGAAAGACGCACUUCAUUCUGGGGACGAUGGUGCUCUUUGUUAUGGUAGCAAUCGUGGCCAUAGUGUUGGGAAUCGUGCUCUCCAAACAGGGCAAGGAAAAUGACACCAAAGAACCACCAACAUCUGCCACUCCUACUGACAUGCCUUCUCAGAAUCCAACAUCCCAUGAUGACUACAUCAUGUCUCUCUUGCCAGAGCACUCCAUUCUAGGUAUCCAGCAAAAUCCCGAGUCGCCUCAGUCCAAAGCCUGGCAGUGGCUCAUAGAACAAGACAGAGACUCUCUACAAAUAUUCUCAGAUGACAGAAUCCUCCAAAAAUAUGCCCUUGCCACACUGUACUUUGCCACGGAAGGGGAAUCAUGGACCCAUAAUGACAACUGGCUCAACCGCAGUAUCCAUGAAUGUGAAUGGUACACAAAGCAAGAAUUUGGCAUGACAUCGUUUUUAAGUGGUUUGUACCCUGGUGCCUUCCAGGAGGUCCAACAAACAGCAACAAUUUGUGACCCAGACACUGGCCUCUACCACCACCUCUGGUUGGAUCAGAAUAAUCUUGUGGGGGCGCUGCCAGAUGAGCUGUUUCUGCUGACGUCCCUCUCGUCUCUGUCGGCAAGUUUCAACAAGGAACUGAAGGGCCCAAUUCCCAGUCAAAUUGGACAGUUGACUCAACUGGAGGGGCUGGGGAUUAGUUUCAUCAGCCGUGGUGGAUCCAUACCAUCUGAAAUUGAUGUGUUGACGAAACUGAAUUCGUUGGCACUUUUUGGCAAUAACCAUGAUGGGACCAUGCCAACCGAAUUGUGGCAGCUAUCCAAUCUGCAGACGUUUUCUCUUAUCCGCAAUCAGAAUUUGAAAGGCAUGAUCUCAACAGAGAUUGGAAAUUUUCAAUUUCUCCAUCACUUCAACUUGGGUGAAUGUGACAUGUCUGGAACGAUCCCUUCUGAAAUAGGCCAAGCAACAGCCCUAGAAUGGAUUACGUUGCACGCAAACGGACUCUCUGGAAACGUUUCUAGUGAAUUGGGACGGCUCGCCAGGCUGCGGAUACUGGGAUUGUUUGAGAAUGCUCUGGAGGGUGCAUUGCCCACUGAGUUGGGACUUUUGACAUCAUCACUGGUGAUGUCGUUUCGUUACAAUCAGCUCACUGACCAUGUUCCCAGUGAACUUGGUCUCCUUUCCAAUCUCACGUUUUCCCUGGUUCUUGCCAACAACAGCCUCUCGGGACAGAUUCCAUCAGAGGUUGGCCUCCUCUCAAAUUUGGGUGAGAUUUCACUGGAAAACAACUAUUUCUCUGGUCCAGUUCCAGAUCAGCUUGGGAAGCUCUUGCUACAAUCAGAAGAAGGACAGCCAGCUCUCCAUACAUUGAACAUCAAAGGAAACCCUUUCCUAACUGGCACGGUACCAUCAGAUCUCUGCAACAUUAACGGAAUCUGCCAGCCAAACAACUUGGACCCAUGUGAGGAGCCCUAUGGUUUGCUGUUUGACUGUUCGCUUACUUUUUGUGGCUGCAGUUGCUCUUGCUUUGCAAUUCAUUUACCCUAAGACGCACAAUCCUGCCAGCAGACCAACAGAAAUGUUCAUAGUUGGAUGGAUGCAGAGCUUCUACACGCUGCGCC